UAAAGAUCUGACAACAUCGCAAAAUACCAAAAUGGCGGCCGGCUUCUAUUAUUUACAAACUAUGAAAUCUUAAAAUUAUCGAAUUAUCGGUGUAUUUUCCAUUUAAAUCAAUAGAUUGUGAUUUGGAUUCCUCAAGAAAGCGCGAAGAUGAUGUCGAUAGGUCCAAAAAUGGACGGCGGUCCGAACACCAAAUUCUUCGAGAGUCCUGAGACGCUUAUUGCAUUCGAAGGCGUGAAAAACUGGCUGCAAAAAAAUGCUAAGAAGUAUCUCAACAAUGACCCUAUCACGAAUAAAACCCUCUCGCAAACUGUGGUUCAAUUUUUGCAAUUCCAAGAGGAUUUUUUGGGGAAGAAAUCUCAAAAACCACCCAUGACUAGGAUACCGGUUAAAUACUUUCUUGAUUUGAAACCUGGCGGUGCUCUAUGUCAAAUGUUAAAUGCUGCCUAUAAAUUCAAAACUGACCAUGGUUGGCGUCGUUUUGAAAUUCCUUUGGGAAAGAAUACAUCUAAAACAGAUAAAGUUUAUGAAAUGUUUCAAGCAAUGGAAAAAGCCUUGGUACAAAACAAACUCUACACUGUGCCAAUAAUUUAUGUAGACCAAAAUGUUGAUAAAGCAGUUUCACAAAAAAUCAAAGAUAUAAUAAGGAAAAGAAAUGGGCAAGUUGUAGAAACAGAAGAAAAUGCUACUCAUAUUUUAUUUAAUCAUGUAGAUGGUCCUGUGGAGGAGUAUGGAAGACCAGUAGUAAAACGAGAUAAAAUGGUGCUGAUGCAUUGGUAUUAUUUUCCAGAUUCAUUUGAUACGUGGGUCAAUUUAGAGUCAGUUGGGUUAGACGGUAUGUCUUUGGACAGUCCUAGUCCAAAAACAGAACCUUGGAAGGUAACUUAUUCUUGGGUAUUUGAUACCGAUCAGUACAAUGAGUGGAUGUCAGAAGAAGAUUAUGAAGUUGAUGAUACAGGAAGAAAAAAGGUGCAUCCAAGAUUAAUGUCAGUGGAGGACCUAAUGAAUCCGUCAGAUGAUAGAAAAAAGAAAAAGGGUGAUGCAAAAAGAAAAAGAUCACCGUCGCCUACAACAAAAGUAAAAAGAAAAAGUGGCAGAACUGCAGCUAUGCAAGGCAAAAAAAGCAAUAGAGAGGACGAAGAAGAUCUCACAAAAGAUAUGGAAGACCCAGUUCCAGAACCGAAUAUUAUCGAAGUAAAUCCUUCAUCAUCUAAUGGCCAGACAGCCAACAAAAAAGACCACGAAUUGCAACCACUAAAAGGAGGAGCGAUAACAGAAUUAGACGAACCAGAAGACAAAACUGAGGAAAAUUCACAAUCACAAUCUGAAAAAGCAACAGAGGCUAGCACUACACAGGAUGAUGGACAAGAAGAUAAUGUUACUGAACAAACCCAUCAUAUAAUUAUACCGUCAUAUUCAGCUUGGUUUGACUACAAUUCUAUACAUGAGAUUGAAAAAAGGGCUAUGCCUGAGUUCUUUAAUGGCAAAAAUAAAUCUAAGACUCCGGAAAUUUAUCUUGCAUACAGAAAUUUAAUCAUAGAUACCUACAGACUCAAUCCUACAGAAUACAUAACAAGCACAGCAUGCAGAAGAAAUUUAGCAGGAGACGUUUGCGCUAUAAUGAGGGUUCACGCUUUUGUCGAACAAUGGGGCUUAAUCAACUAUCAAGUAGAUGCUGAUUCUAGGCCAUCAGCCCUAGGACCACCACCUACUUCUCAUUUUCAUAUACUCUCGGACACUCCUUCAGGUUUACAGCCAGUAAAUCCUCCGAAGACUCCCCAACCAAGUGCAGCUAAAGCCCUAUUGGAUUUGGAUAGGCCACAAGAAACUAAGAAAGUUGAGGGAGCCGAACCACUGGCCAGUUUCGGUCUCAAAUUGGACCAGUAUUCCAAAAAACCUGCCUUACUUAGAAAUAAAACUGCGGCAUCUUUAACUAGGGAUUGGACAGAACAAGAAACACUUCUUUUACUGGAAGGUCUUGAAAUGUAUAAAGAUGACUGGAAUAAAGUAUGUGAGCAUGUAGGAUCCAGAACUCAAGAUGAAUGUAUUCUACAUUUUCUCAGAUUACCAAUUGAAGAUCCUUAUUUAGAAGAUCCAGAAGCUGGCGGUGCCUUGGGUGCUCUAGCUUACCAACCAAUGCCGUUUAGUAAAGCUGGAAAUCCAAUCAUGUCUACUGUAGCCUUUUUGGCUUCUAUUGUAGACCCCAGGGUGGCUGCAGCUGCUGCCAAAUCCGCAAUGCAUGAAUUUGCUAGCAUUAAAGAUGAAGUUCCAGCUGCUGUAAUGGAUGCUCAUUUAAAAAGUGUAGAGGCUUCUUCGGCUUCAGGAAAGUAUGAUCCAGCUGCCAAUUUGGCUUUGACAGGAAUUGCUGGAACUGCUCCAGAGAAAGAAGAAGAAGCAACGAAAAAGGAAAAAGAUGAUGAAGCAACCACUGAACCUAAAGAAGAAAAACCUGAAAUUGUGGCGAAAACUGAUCCAGAAGAUCAGGAAAUUCCAGCACCACCUUCUAACGAGCUCAAAGUUAAAGACAGCGAAAUGCAAAGCGCAGCUGCUGCAGCUUUGGCAGCCGCAGCAGUAAAAGCCAAGCACCUGGCGGCAGUAGAAGAAAGAAAAAUCAAGUCACUAGUAGCCUUGCUGGUGGAAACUCAAAUGAAAAAGUUGGAAAUUAAAUUACGUCACUUUGAAGAACUGGAAACUACUAUGGAAAGGGAGCGUGAAGGUCUCGAAUAUCAAAGGCAACAAUUGAUAACUGAGAGGCAACAAUUUCAUUUGGAACAGUUGAAGGCUGCAGAAUUUAGAGCCAGGCAACAAGCACAUCAAAGGUUGCAAUCUGAACAAGGCCAAUGGCCACAACAGCAUCCAUCUUCAGCUGGAUCUAACUCUAGUGACACAGGACCAAGUACAACUCCUACCCCUCCGUCACCACAAGCUACCCCACAUCAUCAGACUGGGGAUGGACAAGAUAGCGAAUGAGUAGUUGAGAUGUGGAUGAAACCUUCAAAAGUAUUUUGGAUUGUGGAAAUUUCUUUAAUUUUAUUAGUUAAUUUAAUAAUUGGACCUAUUCAAAUUUAAUAACUGUAAUGAUUGAUGAAAUGUCAUGUUCUUAGUGGGACUGAAAAUUACUUUUUUAUGAUAUACUUCUAUGGAUAAGAAAGCAAGUAAGGAAUUCAGAUGUAGAUGAAAUCUUCAAAGAUAUUGUGGAAAUUUGCUAAUUUAGCGUAAUUAGUUUUUAUAGUUUAAUUUAAUUAUUUAAUAUUAAUGAGAUGUAAUAAUUUUUAUCUGUAACUGGAAGGUAUAGUAUGCAGUGUUUUUGAGACUGCAAAUAAGUUUUUAUAGAUGAAUAUUAAUAGUAGGCACCUUUAACUGACAUAGUGCGAUGUGGGGCUUUGAUAGUAAUAACAUGAUUGUAAUGAUUAUAUGAUUUUAAACUAG